AUGACGGGUCCAGUGCAGGAUUCUCACAGACUGUCUGUGAAAACAUGGACGGAAGAGGAGAGCGACCGAGCCGACAGCACAUUAAGCAGAGGACAGUCGGUGUGUGACGACACUUCCUCAGAGCUGCAGAGAAUGGCAGCCAUCGACAGGAGAGAUAUAAACUCCCAGAAUUCUUUUCGUGGGCGAGGGGCUCUGUCCAGGAUAGUCGGUAUGGUGAUGACUCUGAGAGAAUGGGCUCAGAAGAGUUUGACUGAGGAGAAUGAGAGACCAGAUUCCUUUCUGGAGCGUUUCAGAGCCCCCCCCAACAUGGACAUGCAGGCGCCGCCCAGCAGGUUCAGCCACAGCCAUGCAGGCUCUGAUGCAGAGAACGAAAUCAGACGCUCCAGACGGACGAGGAGGAAGUGUACUGUCGUCGUCUUGUCCCCGUCUGAUGAUGCGUACUACCACUGGCUGAUGGUGAUUGGUGCUGCAGUCUUCUAUAACUGGACACUGCUAGUUGUCAGAGCCUGUUUUGACGAGCUCCAGAUGAGUAAUGUGCUGGUGUGGCAAGUGCUGGACUAUGUCUGUGAUGGAGUCUACAUCCUGGAUAUUGCUGUUCGUCUCCACACAGGUUUCUUGGAUCAAGGCUUGAUGGUGAAAGAUGUGCGCCGUCUGAGAGAAACCUACAUUCGAACGUUGCAGUGUCAACUUGACAUCUCCUCCAUCCUGCCGACUGACCUCCUGUACUUGACUGUUGGAAUCAGCUACACUCCUCUCCUCAGAUUCAACCGGCUGCUGCGCCUGCCACGUCUGUUUGAGUUCUUUGAACGUACAGAAACGAGAACGGGCUACCCAAACGCUUUCCGCAUCUGUAAGCUGGUUCUGUACAUCCUGGUCAUCAUCCACUGGAAUGCCUGUGUGUACUACAGCUUCUCCAAACUCCUGGGACUGGGCUCUGACUCGUGGGUUUAUCCCAACGCAUCCGACCCCGAGUUUGGCUCCCUGACUAGAAGUUACAUAUACUGUCUGUACUGGUCGACCCUGACGCUGACGACCAUUGGAGAAACACCUCCUCCUGUUAGAGAUGAGGAAUAUCUCUUCUUGAUAUUUGACUUUUUGGUUGGUGUCCUGAUUUUUGCCUCCAUUGUGGGUAACGUCGGAUCCAUGAUCUCCAACAUGAAUGCAACAAGAGCAGCUUUUCAAACCCGUGUGGACACACUCAAACACUACAUGCACUUCAGACAUGUCAGCAAGGUGCUGGAGCAGCGUGUCAUUCGCUGGUUUGACUACCUCUGGACUAAUCAGAAGACAAUCGAUGAACAGGAAGUGCUUAGGAGCCUGCCCAAUAAACUGAGAGCAGAGAUCGCUAUCAACGUUCACCUGGACACGCUGAAGAAGGUGCGUAUCUUCCAGGACUGUGAGGCAGGCCUCCUUGUAGAAUUGGUGCUAAAACUUCGACCGCAAGUUUUCAGUCCUGGAGACUACAUCUGCCGAAAGGGAGAUGUGGGUAAGGAAAUGUACAUAAUUAAAGAAGGCCACCUGGCAGUGGUGGGGGAGGAUGGCGUCACCCAGUUCGCUGUUCUGACUGCAGGAAGCUGCUUUGGAGAAAUCAGCAUCUUGAACAUCAGCGGCAGCAAGAUGGGGAACAGACGCACGGCUAACAUUCGGAGUCUGGGAUACUCUGAUCUGUUCUGUCUUUCCAAGCAAGACCUGAUGGAGGCGCUUCAGGAGUUUCCCCACGCCAGGGCCCAGCUGGAGCAGAGGGGGCGGGACAUCCUGCAGAAGGAGGGGCUUCUGGAGGAAGUGAACGUGUCUGCAGGGGAGGAGCUGGAGGAGAAGGUGGAGAGACUGGAAACCAGUCUGGACAGGCUGCAGACUUGUUUGGCCCGUCUGCAGAGUGAGUUCAACUCCUCUCAGCUUCGCCUGAAACAGCGAAUCACAGCCCUGGAGCACAACAUCACCACAGCAGCCACUGGCAGCGGCUUCCUGUCUGACGCCGACGGCAACGAGAGCGUUUCCGGUGGCGAUGGAGUACGAAGUGAAAUCAACAUCCGGCUCUAA